ACAGAGCUGGGUGAAAUAAUCCAAAGGGACAAGAGCAGUGCCCAAGGGACAGCACAGCCGGGAUCCAAACCUGCUCCCUGUUCCCCUUCAGUUUACAAACAAAGCCCUCUCUACCUCAGCAGUAAGGGCCUGGCCAGGAAGAGGCGUGUAAGGUGUCAAGGCUGGGUUCCAGCACUCAAGCGACCUGAUGCAGGGCCCCUGCAUGAACACUGAAAGCUGUGACCUGUAGGGAGGGGAAGGGGUGGGUCCCUAAUCAGCAGCCCAGGGCUCUUAAAUCCUGCACGGAAACACAGACCACAUCACAGAGCAGCAGGUCAGCCCGAGUGCGGGGAGAGCAAGGCAUCUGGAGCUGGCAGGGCGUUUCCGCGGUGAGCAUGGAUGACGUGGAGCCCACUGACUACGAAUACCCCCAAAUCCCCGGGCUCAGUGGCUCUGAUGAGGAUCACAGCAGUGAGGCGCACGCACGCUUCCUGCACUUUCGUGAGGUCUUCCUGCCCUGCGUGUACGUGGUGGUGUUUGUCCUCGGCCUGCUGGGGAAUGCGCUGGUGCUGGUGAUCUAUGUCUUCUAUCAGAAGCUGCCAAGCGUGACGGAUUUGUUCCUGGCGAACCUGCCCCUGGCCGACCUGCUGUUCGUCUGCACGCUGCCCUUCUGGGCCUACUCGGGCUCCUACCAGUGGGUCUUUGGUGGGGUUCUGUGCAAGGUCUUGCACGGCGUCUACGCUGUCAACUUCUUCGUGUCCAUGCUCACGCUUACCUGCAUCACCGUGGACCGCUACGUCGUGGUGGUCCGGGCCACCAAGGCCUACACCCAGGGGCCCAUGUGUACAGCGUGGGGCAAAGGAGUCUUGGGUGGCACCUGGGUGGUCUCCCUGGUGCUGUCGCUGCCACAGAUCAUCUACAGCCAAGUCUACCACCACGACAGGCUGGUCUGUAAUUACCACCGAGACGAGACUUUCAGGGUGGUCCUGGCUACCCAGAUGACUCUGGGCUUCUUCCUGCCCCUGCUCACCAUGCUGUUCUGCUACCCAGCCAUCAUCCGGACCCUCCUGCUCAGCCGUGGCUUCCAGAAACACAAAUCUCUCAAGAUCAUCAUGCUGGUGGUGGCUGUGUUCCUGCUGACCCAGACACCCUUCAGCCUGGUCAAGAUCAUCCGCAGCUCCCACUGGGAGUUCUACACCAGGACCAGCUUCCACUAUGCCAUCGUAGUGACCGAGGCCAUUUCCUACCUGCGCGUCUGCCUCAACCCCGUGCUCUACGCCUUCGUGGGCCUCAAGUUCCGCAGGAACCUCUGGAAGCUCUUGAAGGAUGCUGGCUGCCUCCCUUAUGUCGGGUUCUCCAGUGAACUGAAGUCUGAGGACAACUCCAGGAGCUGCUCCGCCUCUCACAAUGCCAAGUCCACCAGCAUGUCCCAGCUGUAGGCCCACGGGGCAGGGAGCUGCAAAGGCGGUGGCUGCGCCCCCUGGAGGUGUCGGCGGGGAAGGCUUUUCCCCAGCCUGUGCAUUCCCUUGGGGAAGUUACCCUGGGGCCGCUCCUCUUCAGACAGGAACACAGCCUGCUCCUUCCUAGUGACCACACCCAAGGCGGCUGCCUUUGAGAUGGGGUCUUCUUAAAUUGCUAAGUUACCAGGCUGGAUGUGAACUUGUGAUCCUCCUGCCACACUCCUGGAAUUCAGGGAUUGCAGAUGUGGGCCAUGUUGCCCUAAAGCCCUAGGGGGUAAGCGUAGGCUUUCUAAAGUUUUUCCUUCCUCUGUCCCUAAGAGCACCCAAACCCAGGGGCUUCUGGGCAACACCUGAGUCUCAGGCCCUCCUUGGCGGGGACUGGGGCUGAGGGCUGAAGAGGGUGCACAGUGGACAGGGCUGCAGAUGAGGGGGCCAGCCUGGGCUCCCAAGGUCAGACGGCUCCUACUCAUGGGUCAAGGUGGAAGUAAGGCAGCCCUGACAGAUGUGAUAGUUCCCUGAGUGUCAACCUCAGUAGGAACCGGCAGCAGACCGGUUUUGCAUAGCCCUGGGCACAUCUGGAGGACUGACUUCCUGAAGAGGGAGGGCCUGCUCCAGUGGGGUGGCACCGACCAAUAGGCUUGUGGCCUGGGUGGAAUGAAAAGGGAAAGGAGGAGGAAGGCUCGCUUCUGCUCCUUGGGGAGCUCAUCUUCACCCUGGCCUCUGGAUGUCAUCUUCAGGAUUCCAGUGCAGACCUUUCGGCUCCUGGGGGACCCUUGGAGUGCCAGGCCUUUGGCCCCGCCAGGAUCCUCUGCUGUCCCACACACAGGCAGCCCUUCUGUGGUGACUGCUACAAGCCUCCCCUGUGACUCCUUUUUGAAGCACGUGUAUUAUAUUAAACCAUCCCUCUAGCAAACCCUCACUCUGGCCACUGUGGUUCAGACCUCACCCCCAGGCACUCACAGGAACCGUCUGAGGCCCCGGCGCCCUGGGCUUGGCCUUCACUGUAGGCCAAGGCUCGUGUGACGGCCAUGCCGAGAAGGAGCAGCAGCAGCAGCACUGCCAAGGGAGCCGAGGCAGUUAAACCUGGCUGAGGACUCCAGGGGCAAACGUGCAACACACACUCAAGACUCCUGCAAGUUUAGGCAGCAUAUCUAGAGUGGAUUCUUCGUGGCUUUGCUCACUUAAAAAUACAGUUACCCAGCCCUACUGCAUGGUACACGCAUAAGUGUGCACACACACACACCCACACCCACACCCACACCUAUGCACACUGUCACACCCUGAAUAGCACACGAACUUCACGACUAAGAAAUAAACCUACUUUUUAAAAGCC